GCAAUGAUCGGCCGCAUGGGACUUGGCAGAGUUAUAACUCGCAGUUUAUCGUCGGUUGAGCCUGCAUUAUCUCAAAAAUUGACAAUACAGCCAGCAAUCGAGAGAUCUCCAACAGAUUUGUUAAAUGCCUUGUCAGAAACCGUUGGCCCGGACACAACUGCUCCACAUUUUGCCUACAUUGACGAUCCAAUUACCAUUCCUUCCACGCAGUCAACGAAAAAGACCUAUUUUAUGGCGAAGGAGUUUGGCAAAAGAGCUGCACGAGAACUAGCUACAGAAUGGCCAACCCUCUUCGCUUUUGACAGAGAUCAACCUCAGCUCCCGGUUUUCCGUCCUCGACAUCUAGCAGAUCCCCUUCAAGUUGAACCGACAGAGAAUAACCUGCUUAAAAUGAUUUCAAGUCGAGAAGUAAAAGACUCGUGUAUUUUGUAUGAACGCAUGCGAUCAGAGAACGUUGACGUUAGCGAGAAAGUCCAGCUGGAACUAUUCCGUCUUGUAACCUAUUACAAUUCGUCAAACGUACCUUUCGCAGAAUGGGAGGAGUUUGUUGGAAUGCGCAAUUUUGGAGAAGAUUCUACAUCCUCAUGGAAAUCGGGUGCAGUCGCUGAUCUUCUUUUCGAAACUCUCCCAAAAACUGAUGAAACCGUUUCUAUAAUGAUUGCUGGUCUAUGCAAGUUUUCUGAUCAUUCUAGUUUGGAAAGAGCUAGAGAAUUGUACAAGGAGCAUCGAGCUGCAAAAGGAAAAGUUUACCGAGAAGCGUUCAAUGGAUUAAUUGGCGCUUCAAGCUACAGUGUCGGGAAGAAAUUGGUAGCUGAAAUGAUUUCCCUCAGAAUGACACCCGAUAUUUUCACGUUCAAUGCAUUACUGUCGUCUGCUGCAAAAGCUGGAAAGUUUGAAGAUCGUGUGAAGGCGUUCACUGAAAUUAUUGGAGAAAUGAAAGAGAUUGGAGUUGAACCAGCACUGUCAUCUUUUCAUUUAAUUAUCAAAAACAUCAUAGAUUUUAAAUUAUUGGAUAAUGAAAAACGAGAGAGUGACGAGCAAAAGAAGACCUAUAAUCACCAGCUCACCGUGGCUAUAUCUUGGCUCAAUGAAAUUCAGAAUAGCCUUACUGGAAAAACUCUCAAGCCGAUUACAUCCACUUGUAAUCUUUUCUUCGUCGAAGCAAUGGGAAUCCAUUACAGAGCUGCAAAUGAGAACCUCGCAGAAAAUCUUGUUUCAAUUUAUGAAUCCAAAGCAAACGAAGUAAAGAUGCCAGCAUUCACAAUUGAAUCAAUGUUCUAUAAUAGACAAUUACAAUUGGCUGUGGAACAAAGUGCUUCACUGAACAGAAUUUAUGAUUUGUACACCACCAUGGUACCACGACUUGUUGGAGUCAACAAUUAUCUGUCAUCACUAGUUUUUCGAAAACUCGCUGCAUCCUCCGAUCGUCAUUGGCCACUGUUACGGAGAGUAAUCAUCGACGGUAUUGCAGCUGGACAGAUGAAUGGAGUUAUUGGAGAAGAAAUGCGCAAACAGUUGUGUAAUGUACAACUACAUACAUUGGGAACUAGUGAACGGGAGCAAUUCACAUCUCUUGUCCAAAAAUUGGUUGCAGUUUGGGUUGAGUUCAGCCAAUUCACAGAAGAGAGAAUGAGAAGGCUCCAAAGGAAACUGUCGCCUAGCCAGAUCUCAGAAUGUGCUUUGCUCUUGACCAGAAUCGGAGAACAGCAGAAAGCUUACGAACUGUUAGAUCUACUGCUUGAUGAAACUGCAAGCAGUGGGGACGAAGCGACUGUUUAUCCACGUGGACAUGCUAGGCCAUGGGCAAUGGCAGAAUUGUUCGAAGAUGCUCUUAGAAAACGUGAUACAUAUGCUGCAGCGACUUGCCUGCAAAUUAUGUCGUUGACCGCCAACCGUGCAAAACUUGAGCCUCUCGCCAAUCGCAUUUUCGAGAAAUGUAAUGUGAAUCAAGAGCAAGUUCGAAUUAUUCAAGGAUUCAUUCGUCUUCGCCCACAAUAAUUUUAUUUCGUUUAGCCUAGGAUAGUUGUAAAGUUAUUUUGUUUUUGUUUUGUUUUGCUUUCAAAAUGUCUCCCAUAAUAAAACUUAUUUAAAAAU